AUGGAUCCGCUAUCCAUCACAGCAAGCGUGAUCGCCAUUGCGACACUCGCCAGUAAGGUCUGUACCAUCUUUGGAGAGCUUCGAUCGCUAUCCAAAAGCCUCCCCGGUCGACUGGCCGCUGUGAACAAUGAGGUAGCCGAUCUCGAGGUUGUGCUUUAUGAUGUCGCGUCCCUAGUCGAGAAGCGCGCAGCGCUGCCUGGCAACAAGCAAUCGCCACUAUGGCACCUGCUCAAGCAAGCCAAACGGAAGCUCGGCGAACUAGAGCUCUUCAUGACUCACCUGAGGGUGUCAUGUCGCGAUGCCCGCCAUCCGUUGCUUUCUGCCAACAUCCUACGAAAAGAUCAGGGAUCCCUCAAAUCAUUGCAGGAAGACAUCCGGUCCAUCAAAUGCAACCUGAACAUCCUACUAGGUGAAUCAAAUCCGUGA